UUAUGGGCAUUUGUUCAUCAAAAAAGGAAAUAGACAAAAUAGAAGUACCUAAUAAAUCAUUUUUCGAUUUUGAAAUUAAUGACAUUGAUGGCAAUUUAGUUUAAUUGUCACAAUUUUAAGGUAAAAAAGCUUAUAUUUGUGUUAAUGUGGCUUGUUCUUGUCGUUUAACCACAUAGAACUAUGUUGAAUUAGUUGAAAUGUAUAAGCAAUACAAGUAUAUCAUAUUAAAAUUAAUAGAGAUUAAGGUUUAGAAAUUCUAGGGUUUCCAUGUAACUAAUUUAAGAAUUAAGAAAGUAAACCAGAACCAGAAAUAAAAAAUUAUGUUACAUAAAAAUAUGGAGCUCAUUUUCCAUUAUUUUAGUACUUAAAUAAUAUAUAUUUUAUUAGGAAAAUAGAAGUAAAUGGAAAUAAAGCUCAUGAAAUUUAUUAAUAUUUACGAUAUAAUAGUGAAUUGAAGAUAAAUAAUAAAAAUGAAGUAAAGUAUGUUCCAUGGAACUUUUCAAAAUUUUUGCUUGAUGGGAAUGGAAAUGUAAUAAAUUAUUAUUGUCCUGAUGUUUGUCCAAAUGAAAUGAUUAAAGAUAUUGAAAGAUUAUUAAAGAAUUGA